AUGAAGUUCUCCGUUGCUGCCGUCGCCGCUUUCGCUGCCUUCGCUGCUGCUGCCAACACCAGCUUGACCCCAGAGCAACAGUGUGCUUCUCAGUGCCCUGAGAAGGACAUCUGCUGCAAGGCCAUCUGCUUCAAGGUUCCUUGCCCAUCCAACCAGGACGCUAAGGACACCACUAGCUGUGCUGCCAAAUGCCCUACCGACCAGGGUCCUGUUGCCUACGCCAAAUGCCAGCAGGGCUGCAUCCAGUCUCACUUCUACACCCCCGGUGCCACUCCCACUGCUGCUCCAACUGGCUCCUCCAGCGGUGAGAGCACCGCUACCACUACCGGCUCCAGCCCAUCCAACACCUCCGGAUCUGAGACCUCGCACUCUGGCUCUUCCGGCUCCUCCCCAUCUGCUACCCACUCCGGCUCUGGCUCUACCCCAACUCACUCCGGUGCUGCUGUCAGCAACGCUAAGGUCCAGCUCGGCUCUGCUGCCGGUGCCGUCGGUCUCCUCGUUGCUGCUUUCGCCCUCUAA